AAACCCUUUGGAGCCACCAAGCUGGAGUCGGAAAUGGAGUCCCGUGGGUCCGGGGCCACGGGGGUUGAGCAUCACCUCCUCCAGGCUGAGACCCCAAGGAAGAAUGGCCACGUGGGAAGAACACUGCGCUGGUUCACCACUGUGGCUCUGAAUGCUGCUUUCCUGGGGAUGGGUGUGAGCGCAGCUGUGCUGGGACCCACAUUUCCAGACCUGGCGAGAAACGUGAACCGCAACAUCAGCAGCCUUUCCGAAAUCUUCGUGGGCCGCGCCCUCGGCUACAUGUGCGGCUCUGUGGUUGGUGGGGUGCUUUUUGACUGCAUGAAUCAUUUUCUACUUUUGGGGGCGCAGAAGGUUGAUGGGAAUCGCAGGCUGCAUUUUUAUCUGCUGCCUCGCAUCAGCGUAGAGCCCAGGAUGCCCUAUCGCAACCCUAGAAGUGGAUGGGAAAGCUUGCUGUUCCUGUUGAAUAAAUGA